AUGCGAAGCCCACCGGUGGCCACCUCAGCAUCUGUGUUGCUGCUGCUGCUGCUGGUGGCCGUGCAGGCAGCCCCAAAGGUGACCCCGGUGGUGAUGCUCACCAAGCCAAAGCCGCUCCAGCUGCCAGAUGCCGCCAUGCCCUCCUUCACCCCAGAUGCGGUGAAAAGCCCUGGCCCUGCAGCCCCAGGCAGGGCCCAGCUGCCUUCCUCCAGCCCUGCCUUCCAAGCGGCCUCCACGCUGUUCCCAUUUGAGAACGACACGCUGGAUGCUGCUGACUUCUUCUUCAACUGCUGUGACUGCUGUCCUCCUGCUGCUGCACCCCAGGGGCUGCCGGGGGAGCCGGGCCCUCCAGGUCCUAAGGGGGAGAAGGGAGAUGCUGGUCUGCAAGGUCUGCCGGGAGCUCCGGGACCUCAGGGUCCAAAAGGCUUUAAAGGAGAAAGAGGAGGCAAAGGGGAGCAAGGUGAGCGAGGAGCAAGUGGAAGCCCUGGUUAUCCAGGCAAGCCUGGGCUGCCAGGUGAAGCUGGAGUAAAAGGCAAUAAGGGCAACUACGGCUUCCCUGGGCUGAAGGGACAAAAGGGGUCCAAAGGGGACACUUGUGAGAAUGGCACCAAAGGGGACAAGGGAGACAGGGGGGACGUUGGAGACCCAGGUGUGGAUGGUGAACAGGGUGACAAAGGGGAGAAGGGGGACACUGGGGACAAAGGGUAUUGCGGGGAGCCGGGGGGGAGAGGUCCGAAGGGGGAAAGAGGGGAAGGUGGGACAAAGGGAGAAAAAGGCAGCAAAGGAGAGAUGGGGGAUGAGGGCAUUCAGGGGGCUGAGGGAAAGCAGGGAGAAAAGGGUGAGCAAGGAAGUAAGGGUGACAAAGGGGACCUGGGCCCAGCCGGUGUAACGGGACCAUCUGGGCCCAAAGGGGUGGCGGGCAGCAAGGGGGGCCGAGGGGCUCCAGGGAGGAAAGGUGCCCGUGGAGCCAAGGGUGCCCGUGGGGAUGCUGCGAAGCUCCUGAGAUCGGCCUUCAGCGCGGGGCUGUCCAAGCCCUUCCCUCCACCCAACGUCCCCAUUCGAUUCGACAAGAUUUUGUACAACGAUCAAGACGAUUACAACCCUGCCACUGGGAAAUUCAACUGCAGCGUGCCCGGGGCGUACGUCUUCGCCUACCAGCUGACAGUGAGAGGGCGUCCAGCCCGUGUCAGCCUGGUGGCCCGCAGCAGGAAGGUGGCCAAAAUCCGCGAGACGCUUUACGGGCAGGAGAUCGACCAAGCCUCCUUUCUGACCAUCCUCAAGCUGAGUGCAGGCGACCAGGUGUGGCUGGAGGUGGCAAAGGACUGGAAUGGGGUCUAUGUCAGCGCUGAGGAUGAUAGCAUCUUCACAGGGUUUCUUCUGUACCCAGAUGUUUUUGAGGUCCUGCUAUAA